AUGUCAUUCAAGGCAGACGGGCCCAAAGUUCGUCCCGAGCGAGUAAAACCGCCGCCGCGACCCCCUUCUCCUCCCACAGAAGCACAUCCCAAUCCACCAUCAUGGCCGUCGCGCCGCUCCUCGACCUCGUCCACCACCUCGUUCCACUCCGCGCACUCGGUGCAGCAGCAAAAGCAAGACCGCUUCUCCCCGGCCGAGGAGUCCCGCAUGCUAUCCCUCUCCAACGACCUGAAAACACAAGCAAACACCUUCUUCUCCCGUCAAGACUAUGAGUCGGCCAUCCAGACCUACGAGCGCGCACUGGCGGAACUGCCGCGGUAUUUGGACUACGAGAUGGCCGUGCUGCAAAGUAAUAUCGCGGCUUGCCACUUGAAGCUCGAUCAGUGGAAGGAUGCGGUCGAACGUUGCGAGAGAGGGCUAGACGGCUUGGAACGAGAAUUGCCGACCAAGAAGAAAAAGACAGACAAGGCAAAGAAAGGAGGCACAGGGAAGAAGAGCACUGGAGCGAAGAAAUCGUCCUCGACGCGACAAACAAAUGGCAAGAGUGAGAAUGGGCGGUUGAAUUCAGACACUGAGUCAGAGGACGACGAAGGGCCAUCACCACCGCAGCCCGCAGACCAAGCGAAAUCCGAGGCACAAGAUGACACCGUCGUCGAACUCCCCUCGGACGAGGAGGACGAGUCCGCGGCCCUGAAAAAUCUCCAGCUCUCAGACACGAAGAAAGCCGACAUCACACGGAUCCGCGUCAAGCUGCUGCUCCGCCGCGCCCGGGCGAGGUCAAACAUGUCCAUACCACCACCACCUGCAUCCAAAGAUUCUCCUUCGCCGCCGUCAAAACCCUCCUCCUCCACCUCCGCUCCAUUCUCAGCCUGGUCCAACCUCAGCUCCGCGCUCGAAGACUACAAACUCCUCUCCUCAACCCCUCAAUACUGGGAGACAUUGCCCAUGUCCGACAAAAGAACCGUCCGCGACGCGCUGGUCCUGCUCCCUCCCAAGAUCGAAGACGCCAAGCAGAAGGAAGUCGGCGAGAUGAUGGGCAAACUCAAGGACCUGGGCAACGGGAUAUUGAAACCGUUUGGUCUGAGUACCGAUAUGUUCAAGGUCGUGCAGGGCGAGGGAGGCGGGUAUAGUCUGAGUUUUGACGGGGGAAGUGGAGGGGGAGGGACAGGAAAGAAAGGUUGA